UCUUCCUGGGCGUCAUAUUCAUGACAUCACUGACGAAAUUACUAGAGAGCUCCUCUUCGCGCUCAACAGUAUCCAGCAGCUCUCACAAUGCUGACAGCUUGGAGAGAAUGCUUGGGAUCGAACUUCAUCCCGAACAUCACGUGUAUCGGGCUCCCAAGACGAUAGCUCAGGACUGGGUUGUCACGUCAGGCGUUCGUUAUCCCGACGGGGUCAAGAAGGAUGUAUAUUUGGUCAAUGGCGAGUUUCCUGGUCCGACGAUUGAAUGUCGCUCUGGAGAUAGACUUGUCAUUCAUGUGACGAACGACUUGGUCGACAAGGAUAUCUCCAUCCAUUGGCACGGGCUCAGUAUGAGGAAUGCCAAUGCUAUGGAUGGAGCCGUUGGAUUUACGCAAUGCCCUAUUUCACCUGGGGGGAAGUUCACGUAUGAGUUUGAGAUUGAGCAAACUACGUCUGGUACAUUCUGGUGGCAUGCUCAUUCGCAGGUCCAAAGAGGUGAUGGCAUGUAUGGAGGUUUGGUGGUUCAUAAACCUGCGAAUGAUGAAACGGAAAUGUCACAAUAUGGAUAUGAGAAUGAAGUGUUGCUUUUAAUUGGUGAUUGGUAUCACAGAAGUGCAGAAGAAGUUCUCGCGUGGUAUAUGAGCGUACGGGGUUUUGGGAACGAGCCCGUUCCUGACUCGCUGCUUAUAAAUGGAGCGGGGAGGUUCAUAUGCUCGAUGGCUGUGCCAGCGAGACCUGUCGAGUGCAUCGACAAGUUACCAGAGGAAAUGCCUGGAAUAUUGAGCAAGAGGAUUAGUGGUUCACCCAUAAGGCUGAGAAUCGCAAAUGUGGGUUCUCUGGCCGGCUUCAAUCUGCGCCUCAGCUCAGGCACCCUGAAGCCUCUAACUGUAGACGGCGGAUGCCCUAUUACAGCUACUGCUUCCGAUUCUGUCGGGAUUCUCUAUCCAGGAGAGCGCAUGGAUGCUCUCGUGAUGUGGGAUGGUGGCCUAGAUUCUAGUGAAGCAAGACUACAUAUCUCAUUGGAUUCAGAAAACUUUCGGUAUCCAAAUCCGGCACUCAGGAUUAAUCAAUCGUUUCCUAUAUAUACAAAUACGAUGACUCCUAAUAGCACCGACGAACAAACCCUGAUGGAUUGGAAGAAACCCUCCACCCACUUCGAUCUCGCCAAGGCAACAACAACUACUUUCUCACCAUCCGCCGAUAUGAACGACACCACCAGCAUCAUCCCCCAAGAAGCAGACCAAACCAUACUCCUCUACACCAAAACCCAGAAACUCGCCAAGUUCUCCAACCAUCCCAUGGGGUUCAUGAACCGGACGUCCUGGAGUCCUCAAUCCUCCCCCGCGCUCCCCCUAAUCUCCCUCCCUCGCUCAUCCUGGGACGCCAACCAACUCAUCCCCUUCAUCCCCCUUCCCUCCUCAACACCUCUCUGGGUCGAUCUCAUCAUCAACAAUCUAGACGAUGGCGCACAUCCCUUCCACCUACACGGCUACUCCUUUUACGUCUUAGCAUCCCAUCGCACCUCGCACGGCUGGGGCAGCUAUUCACCAUAUGCGGCAAGCGGGAAUUCCGCGCAGAAGCCGGAGUUGAAUCUGCUGAAUCCGGUCAGGAGAGAUACGGUUAGUGUGCCGAGUCACGGAUACGUGGUUUUACGAUUCCGCGCUGAUAAUCCGGGGGUUUGGAUGUUGCAUUGCCAUGUUAUUUUUCAUCAGGCGAGUGGCAUGGCCAUGGGUCUCUUGGUUGGUGGGCACGAGAUGCAUGAAGUUGUUGAUGCAGAGGCGAAGGCGCUGUGUGGCUGAGAUCCUUAUCAAAUCUUCGCAAGUAUCUUCAUUCUGCAUCACUGCCUAUCCCCCUCGAGUUCUUCCAAUUCCAAAGCAGUAGCAUAGCACCAGCCCCCAUCCCACUUCGCUCAAAGAGGAGCUUGUCUCCUGCCGAAUCCAUCAUCUAUAGGAGUCCAAUCGAACGUAAGGUAUUCAAGGGGUCUGGCCUGGCCUAGCCUGGUCAUCAUCUACCUACUCAGCCGCGUACUUGACUUGGGAGAGCGCAAGGGCCAUGAGGCUUGUCGACUUGAUCCUGAUCUGCUGUAGUGUUUUGUGGAUAGGCGCUGUUUUGUUAGGCUCAACAGGGGGAGGGGAGGAGAAGCACUGGAGUUACCUAUGUCCUGCGGCUGAUUCUGAGGGUUGUCGAGAGUGUGGUGCUCGGUGCGAUGAGAGAAGUAACCAGGUUACUUUCUGGUUUCUGUUCUGUUUCGUUGAGUGAGAGAUAUAGAUAGUAUUUGGGAAG